AUGACGGAACUUCUCGAAUUAACUCCGGAGAUAUUCAAAAUGAUCGUCCAUGAGUUCAACGCCGAAUCUCCAAGCUCGACGUGGAAGCUCCGAAGCGUAUGUCGCACAUUCGCCGCCGAAAUCGAGGACGACUUGCUUAGCCACCAGCCUGAAAAUGUUGUCGAAAAGACGCCCGAAGUCAUCAAAAAUAAGAUGGCCGAGUACCUAAUCAUCCAUCUUCACAAGAUCUCUGAUGUCAACGAUCCAUUGCUCAAGAUGCUUCGUCGUAUGGCCGACUACUUGAUCCGGGAGCUUGCGAUCCCAGAGAAAGAUCGGAAAGUCACUGAGACUAAUUUAGGGGCAUACAUCCACUUUGUCGUAGCAGCUAUGGCAUUCCUGGCAUUCGACUUGGUGCGGACUCUGCUAGCAACGAUGCCUCUCAACACCUGGAUACCCGGCAUAUAUAUCGGUCGAUGUCCACUAGUGAUGGCUGUGGCCGCGAACAACAAUGGCCUCUUCAACGAAGUUAUGGAUCAUUUCAAUCAGCUCAUAAAAACGUCUAGAGGCAGAGAUAUGUGCAGGAACGGAUACGAUUUCGACGAUGCGUUCUACAUUGCUGUCAACACUGGUAACUCCCGCUUUGUCGAGGAACUCGUCGAGUUUUGCCCGAGGCUUCGCCAUUAUGUACCUAAAGAAACAUACAACGAAUGGCUUGACUCUGCCAUUGCGAGUUUAAACACAGAUAUCGUCAAGUCAGUCUUGCUUCUGUGUUCUUCGCGAGACAAGGUCAAUCCAUAUAUCUUGGCCAAUGCAUGCCGCACAGGUAGUACCGAUAUUGUCAACACGCUUUUGAAUGAAGGUAACGCUCACCCACUUUGCUGUGCCAUCCAGUAUGGCGAUAUACCUAUCAUCGGCGCAGUCCUAGAUGCUGGUGCAGAUAUAAAUGGGAAGGCAUACAGGCCUGAGCUCGAAUAUCCAGGUCUUACUUGUUCGCCAUUGGAGAUAGCCUUCGAGCGCGGAGACAAGGCUGUGAUACAAUUCCUCCUGAGCAGAGGAGCUACGAUACCGCCUCGAGCUGACUGA